GCUGAUCUUUGCACAAGACUUCAGCCUUCAGUUUCAUUGCCUAGGAAACGCCAAGAUGCGUCUGGAGGAAUUGAAGAGACUGGAGAACACUCUGGAUCAAGUCCAUGAUGCCAAGUACGCUGUUCAAAACAGCCAUCAACUUCCAAUUGAUUUUGGAACCAAGAUUGAAAAAUGCCACAUCAGCCGAGGGGUGCCAGAAUCAAAAGCAAAAAUCAUUCAGCGCGCAUGGCGUGAGUACUUGCAGCGGCAGGAGCCUCUCCGUCAUGGCUGCAUGGAGAAGCGCAGCCCUUCACCACCUUCUCUCUCAUCAGGGAAGAUGAGCACCUCCAUCAGCAUGAACACCCUGUCCGAUGGCAGCACUCCUGAAUACAGGGAAGAUGGUAUGGAUUUGGGAAGUGACUCGUGUAGUCGAACAAGUUCCGAAUCGAGUUCCAACAAAGUGACACCAUGCUCGGAUUGCAAAUCCUCACCCAGCCUGGAUCUUGCCACCUUGGGGGACUAUGAAGCGGACGAGGAUUAUCAAGAAUACAAAAGUAAGGUGAUCGAAGAGUGGGAAAAUGAGUAUGGGGACUACUCUGAGAACAAUGGCUUUGUUAAGACUGCCAGCAGGAGCUUAGCGGAGGAGUUUCAAGAAGUGAAGGUCAUCCCUCCGGUUCCUUCCAACAUUACUCCAGGCAAAAUUAAGCGAAAUGGCAACAUAGCACCGACUAAAGCUCGCGGCAAAGGCAAUGAGACUCUCCCAAAGUUGCAAAAGCCGUUGCGAAUAGUGAGUGACGUUGUGGCCACUUCGGGGACUUUUGUAACAGAGGAACCUCAGCUCCCGACCAUGGACUGGGAAGCCCUAGAGAAACACCUCGCAGGUCUACAGUUUCAAGAGCAAGAAGCACAGAACCAGACCCAGACAAAAGCAAACUUCACAUCCGCCCAAAAAAAUGAGAGGGAAUCGAUCAGACAGAAGUUGGCACUUGGAAGUUUCUUUGAUGAUGGCCCAGGAAUUUACACCAGCUGUAGCAAGAGUGGUAAACCUAGCUUGUCUUCACGUCUUCAAAGUGGCAUGAAUCUGCAGAUCUGUUUUGUUAAUGACAAUGGAAGUGACAAGGACAGCGAUGCAGAUGAUAGCAAGACAGAAACUAGCCUGGACACCCCCUCAUCUCCAAUGAGCAAGCAGAGCUCCUCGUACUCAGACAGAGACACAACUGAAGAGGAAUCUGAGUCACUGGAUGAUAUGGAUUUUCUUACAAGGCAGAAGAAGUUGCAGGCUGAAGCUAAGAUGGCUCUUGCUAUGGCAAAGCCAAUGGCUAAGAUGCAGGUUGAAGUAGAAAAGCAGAACAGAAAGAAAUCUCCAGUGGCUGACCUGCUGCCUCACAUGCCCCAUAUUAGUGAAAGUUUGAUGAAGCGGAGUCUCAAACCCACAGACUUGCGCGACAUGACUAUUGGCCAGCUGCAAGUUAUAGUCAAUGAUUUACACUCCCAGAUUGAGAGUUUAAAUGAAGAGUUGGUCCAACUUCUACUCAUCAGGGAUGAGCUACACAUGGAACAGGAUGCCAUGUUGGUGGACAUAGAAGACCUUACCAGGCAUGCCGAAAGUCAGCAAAAGCACAUGGCAGAGAAAACAACAACCAAGUGAAACUGAGACGCCUCCAACAAGCAGCGAGGCUGGAGAGAAAAAAAAAGCUCGAUUUUACUUUGCUUCUGUGGUUGUAUAACGCUGAUGCUCGAAAUGGUGCACUUCCAGAAAAUCAGUGUUAGUCAUUGGUACUGUUUGAAGCUUUAUGUCCAGUGAUUGGCCUAUGCUUCCUGUAUAAUUUAUUUUAAUAUAAUUACAUUUGUCACAGAGUUGUAUCAGGCAUUUCAGUAAAAUGUUGGUAACGGAUAUGCAAAACUAGUAAUACAGCAGGAUUGGAAGAUAUAUAAAGUAGUUAAGAGCUGCUAACUUCUGACUCCUUGGAUUUUAGUUAAACAGUAUUUUACCAUGGGCCUCUUUUUAUUCUUCACAGAUUGUAGUUUUAAACAAAUAAACUUUAUUUAAAGGUGCUAUUAAAGUCAAAGAUUACAUGCCUGCCUUGUAGUGAAGUUGUAGCUAUUGGUGAUUAGAUCACAAACAGGUUUCCAACAUUUUGUAAAUGUUGAUUACCUGAUAACCAUUUUAAAGUGUGUUAAUAUAAUUUCAGUCAACUGGAUUCAGAAAUGUUAUCUGGAAAUGUUAUGUACAAAUAUGUAAAAUAAAAAAAUAAAAUUUGUUUCCUAUGAUAUACUUAAA